UUUAUGGAAAUUUAGUUUCAUCUUUAUUGGUAUUUGCUAGAAUUAAAUUUUUUUGGCGAGAACCUUCAGUGUAAAAAUAAGGAUAUGAUGCGGAUGGUUGUCUAUCUGACAAUCGUGGCUCUUUGUUGGCAAUUUGAAAUGACGAGCUCACGCACGUCCACUUUAUGGAAGUUAAAUACAGAUAGUGGCAAAAUAACUGGACACAUUUCCGAUACUCGAGGAAAGGCAGAUAACACAAUGCUUGAAGAGUUUAGCAUACCAUUGUUUGACGCUAAUGCUGAUGUCUACGCACAAGACGAAGUAUUUUAUAUCAUUGCGUCUACUUUGGCACUGGGCGCAAGUACAGGUGCUAGAUCAAGUAUCACAGAUGCGGAUCGCAGUGAGGGAGACAAUGCAGGAUACGGGUGGGUACGCGAAUCACCUGAAAAUUCUAUAGACACUUUGGCAACAUUAUCAAAACGGUGCAAUGAAAGUGAUGCUGAAAAACAAGAAUCUAACGGCACUGAAGUAGAAAACAAAAAAUCUUCGUCCAUUACGGGUAGUUCCGGUACACCAACUGUAGCUAAUGUUGAUACUGCCUUGGUGGCUGAUGAAUCUUUGGAUUGUAAACCAGUGAAUUUUACAUACUACGAUUAUCUUAUUGGAGUGGGACAAAGAUUCAAUCAUCCCAAGAUACCAGAGCCAGAGGUUGCUUACCUUUUUCUGAAAAUUAAAGAUGAGAACUCUUUCAAAAAUUUCGAUAUAUCAGCUUUGGAACGGCGUCUCAAAAGAACAAAGCGUGAAAAGCCUAGAUCCGUGCAACUGUAUAAUCAAAUUGGAAACUACUGGCGUAUUGUGGGGGACGCGCGUCAAGCGAUUGAAUGCUUUAGACGAGCUCUAGCAAUGUCUCCAACAAAUGCCGAAGUUCUCUUGAAUUUGGCGCGCGUGCUAUACAAUCUUCAAUAUCUUGACGAUGCUAUACACUUGACAAGAAGGUCUUUGGAAAUGCAACCACCUGGAAGGUCUGCUUGGCAGCAAUAUUUCACACUUGGAGAAAUUUUUAAAGCUUAUGGACAUUUUCAAGAAUCAAUUUUGCAUUUGCGACAUGCACUUGAACUCUAUCCUCAGCACGAACCCAUAUUGAAGGCCCUGCGGGAUGUGGAGAAUAAUCCCUCAUCAACAUUGCAUGUGUACACAGUUGUCAUAAUCGUUGCCUUGGUCGUUGCUGUUUUUAUUGUAAUUAUAACAUCAUCUAACAACAGUGAUAAAUAUAAUGGUUUAAAUAGCGGCCACACUCAAAAUGAUUAUGAGCCUAAAACACAACGGCAUUUCAACCGUGCCAUGGCUAUGCGCUCACUCAAGGGAUUUUCCUCUUCCUCAACUUUUACGGGUUCAUCAUCACGGAACCUUAGACACAGAAAAAAUUGAGCCUCCCAAAGCAGAAGUGGAUAAUUUGCCACAACACUAUCUAUCUACGUCCACGCCCAUGCUUACACAAAUAAAAAUUGCUUAAAUAGCACAAUUGCUUAUACACAUAUACACGUGAACACACAAAUUCACACGAAAAUACAAAUCAGGAAUACCAUUGGAUAAGAGGAAAUGUUGGGCUUAACGAUAUAUCGGUGAUUUGAUAAAUCGAUUAAACGAAAUGCCAAAAAUGCACGGAUCUCAUGAAGAUAAGCGACCCAUUUACUUAGUUAUUUUGUUUUAUGUAGAUUUACGACCUAAACUACAUUCGGUUUAAGAAAAGUAUAUUUGAAAAUUAUCACAAUACUUUUAUUUUAAAAAAUUUGAUGUAGUAAGCCAAAUUAACUUGUUAUAAAAUUAAAUUUUUUUGUUCCUUCUGUUCAUAUUUGUUUAAAUAUGGAUAUUAUAUAUGCCAUUUGUACUUAUAUUUACGUCAUUAAUUUUAAGUUUUUUUUUUUGUGAGAAAUUCUUUAAAUUUCUGUGAUAACUUUGAAAUAUUAAAUUCAAUAUUUAAACUUUUGGUGAACUUAUUUUAAAUUAACUGUUUACUUGAUCUAUGGAAAUUAAUUUCUACAUAUUGUACUUAAAACUUUUAGGAAUAAUUAUAACUAUUAUAAAUCUCGUUACUCAAGUAACGAAAAAACAAAAAGUUAAGUACUUAAAUUAACCAUCACGGCCAUUAAAUGCUCUAUAAUUUGUUUAUCCUUAAUUUAUGUACAUUGUAUGUAAUUAUUAUUUGUUAUUUGAUAUUUGAAUAUAUACAUUUAUAUUUCAUUUUGAAAUAAUUUGUUUGCCAUGAGCAUAUAUUUGUAUGUAUAUUUUUAAGACCUGAAUUGUCAUUGAAUACUCUGUAACUUGGGUAGUAAAGCGGCAUUUGAUAUAUCGAGUUCAUGCAGUAAGUUCAAUAAGCGUGUAUUCUUAAGACAUACUCAUAAGGAUU